AUGACUGAUCAGUCCACGUGUGAUUUUAAACUUCAGAAUCAAAACGACUUAUCCGAUCCGUUGUCGUGGAAAACAAAUGCUUGUAAUAUGCCCGAGAACAUUUGUCUGUUGGUAUCGCGUGCAUGGGCGCAAGCUAUAGUCCCAAUAUUAUGGAGUCAACCAAUCAGAAAAUAUCAUCCGCAGCAAAACCUUAAAGUUUUAUCCGUAUACUUGGCAUCGCUUGAAGUGGCUCAACGAGGAUUACUUAAAGUUUCCGGUAUCGAUAUCGAUGUCAAAUCUUCAUUUUCCACGAAGCAAAAAUCGCAUCCAGCCACGAGAUUUUCAUACGCUGCACACAUCAAAAACUUGAACUACGGUGCAUUAAUUGAUUGUUGCCGGAAUUUCUGUAAAAAGAAUAGUGCGAAACGUGGACAAUCCACUGACUCGCAUUUGCUGCUGACAAAAACUGUGUUGCAGUUGUUUACGAGAGAGGGUGCGAGAUUGACGGCUUUGCAAUUGUAUCCGGGUGUGAACAGGUAUCAGCGUGGGAUGUACGCACCGUUGAUGGCUAAAGAUGUUCAGUGUUUGCUGAAGGAUAUUAAGCAUUUGGAGUUGAGUGGAUCUUUUGAUGGCGGUGAUAAUGAAGUGCAAGCGUUGGCCUCGAUUUGUAAUAAAGUAGAACAUAUAACAGUUCGAUAUUUUUCCUCGAUAAUAGAUCAAUGGCUAGGCUUACACGCAUACAUCCAUAAAAAAUCCAAUGCAUCAGUAUUUCUCAUCCAAUCACAAAAAAAUCUCAAAUCUUUAACACUCCAAAACUGCCAUCUAUACAACAACGAGCAAAUGUGCGCCGCGAUUCUAACCCAGAAAUCAACACUACAACACGUGAUACUCAAAGAAAUCAAUUUCAACGAGAAACCGUUAAUGUUCAUAGCGUUAUCCGAGUGCACGAAUCUCAAAACAUUGACAUUGAGCAGUUGUUGUGGGCUUACUUCUCCCGACAUGAUGUCCCCGUUGUCUAAACCGACGUUCGAGAAGCUGCAGCUGGUUCGUGUUGUUCCGAAGCGUGAUAGUUGUUUGCCGGGUGGUGAACAUUCUAAAAUCUGUAAGGAGUUUAAGGUGUGGGCUAAUAUGAAAACUAGAACAAUUUAA